GAGGAGCCCGCUGUUGUCCCAGCAACGCGACGGAGUCCAGGCGAGGUGGCCGCGCAGGUUUGGCGCCUCAGGCCUGCGGCGGUGCGGAAGGUUCUAGAAGAGCCGCGAGGCCGGCCUGGCCGGCGCGCCCGCCAAGAAGACAAGCUCGACCCAUGCAUCCCGGGCGCUCCUAACCGCUCAGCGCGCAGAGGGCCAUGGCUGAGGUGCACGUGAUCGGACAGAUCCAGGGGGCCACCGGUUUCUCGGAAAGUAGUCUCUUCUGCAAGUGGGGCAUCCACACAGGGGCAGCAUGGAAGCUCCUGUCAGGUGUGCGGGAAGGCCAGACGCAGGUGGACACCCCCCAGGUAGGGGACAUGGCCUACUGGUCCCACCCCAUCGACCUGCACUUCGCGACCAAAGGUCUACAAGGUUGGCCUCGGCUGCACCUCCAGGUGUGGUCCCAGGACAGCUUCGGCCGCUGCCAGCUCGCAGGCUAUGGCUUUUGCCACGUGCCCAGCAGCCCAGGCACCCACCAGCUGGAAUGCCCCACGUGGCGGCCCCUAGGCAGCUGGCGGGAGCAGCUGGCGCGGGUCUUCGUGGGAGGUGGACCGCAGCUGCUACACGGAGACACCAUCUACAGCGGGGCCGACCGCUACCGCCUGCACACGGCUGCGGGUGGCACGGUGCACCUGGAGCUCGGCCUGCUGCUGCGCCACUUCGACCGCUACGGUGUUGAAUGCUGAGGGAGCCCCAGCCCUGAGCCAUCCGCCGGCAUCCCCAGCCCUGCGCCCCCAGCGAGGGCCAGGUGGCACCGUGGUCAGGGCCAGGGGCGCCCUGGGGACUGUCAGGCCGCCUGGCCGCAGCCCAGGCAGGCAUGGCGCCACUUGGGGACCUUGCUAGGACUCCCCGCGCCUCUCAGCUUGUGUCUGUAAAAGCGGGUAGCAGGUACGCCGGCCCCCCGGGGGGGUUGAGUGGAGGUCCUUAAUAAAGGUGGACGCGUCUCCCAGGUGCCAGUGCCUCCUGA